UUUUGUCAAUCAUCUUUAGAUUACUUAAGCUCUUUUGGGAAUGAUUGGAUGUGAUGUGGAGCAAUAUGCAACCUCCCAUACAGUAUUAAUGGCAUGCUGUGGACACGGAACUGCAAACGCUACGAUGGACUGUGUGUUGUACUCUUAAGAGGAAGAUGGACCAUGGAAGGGAAGAUGGGGAAGAAUUUAUAAGGUGGAUGUUGCAAGUGAAAGUCUACUCGUAGCAGCAGAUGGGCUAGAGGGGAUUACAUGAAAUCUGGGUGGGCCUCGCACACAAAUUCCCAAGGAGGACACGAUGGGGUGAAGGGGGGAGGAUUGCUUAACAACAAAAAAAAGUAAAAGAAGACUUGAACCAAGAUGAGGGAGUGAGUGAGUGAGCGGAAGAGUGUAGCUGUCAGCUGGAUGGGUGGAUGAUGUUGUGUCUUGUUGCUGAUGACUGAGCCCAGGAUAAAUACUACACAAGACGAUGAAUUCAGCAGAGGAUGUUGUGUUACUAAAGGGCAAGUUUUCUGUGUCUUGAGCAGGGCAUGUCGAAGAUGUCCUUGAGGAGAUCUUGAAGGAGGAAAAGGCCAGGGUUCUUUCCAUGUCCCUCCAUUGAUAUUCCCCAUUUUUGGCCUGACACAUACACGCGCACACGCACGCGCUUACACACAUACUCUCGCGCGCACACACAUACAUGCACACACAUGCAUACAAACCUAGCACAAACAGAUUGAAGAAGAUUAAUGUGGAUUACAUGUAAAGUUAGAUUUAAAUCAAGAGAUUACCCAAUCAUGUCAUCAAAAAACUAAUCCCCUGAUGUUUUUUCCCACUCUCACCCUCCACGUUCCCUAUCUGUAUUUUAAUUCCAUCAACAUCUAAAUUGGAAGGCUUGCUAAAUAAGGCGGUCAUUAAGGUGAACAGACUGCCUAUUGUUUACUCCCAUCUCUUUGGUCAUACAUAAACAAAUAAACUACUCCAGGACUUUGGACAUAGCAGGGGAAGAGUGGUUUUGACGGACAGCUGUUCAAAUACCACGUUCUGGAGUACAGUGGCAAACUCAAUCAGUGAAAGAGGUGAAACAAUGUCUGAUAGAUGGUUACGGUACAGGAGGGGAUACCUCUAGCUACCAAAUGACCAAAAUGUAAAAAUAAUAAUAAUAAUAAUAAUAAAAAGGUCCACGUCUAAAUGUGACCAGUGAGGGCACCCGUGUUCAUUAGCUCUUAAUGAGUAAAUGAUAUCAUUGGAAGGUCACAUCCACUGUGACACUGUUCUUAGAACAAGCUCACAGGGUAGAACCAAGAGCUCAAGGCUGAGCUUGAAUAGUCUGGCACAGCUAGGCUAUAUGUAAUAGGAUAACCUGGGCAGAAGUCUCAUGAGGCAUAUGUCCUGUGGUUGUGCUGCCCUUCCCUGGAGUGACCCUUGUGGCUGAUAAAUCCCCCUUGUUCAUUUGUGCUACCCAUCUGCCUCCACGCCGUUGCGUUCAACUGUCUUGUCUUGUGUACAGGGCCGCUGACAGCUUUUUCAGGGCCCAGGACAAAGUCAUCUGAAAGGGCCCCCAACCCAAAAAAACAACAACAAAGUAACAGAGAUCCAAUUCUGGGCCCCGUAUCUCUCCUGGGCCCGGGACAAUAUACCCGUUUGUCCCCUCCCCCUCUGUCGGCGGGCCUGCUUGUGUAUGCCCCUGCCCCCUCCCCCGUUCUUCAUCUCUCAUGAUGCAUGUUCAUCAUUUUAAUCCACUCACGAUUCAUUCUUCCCUACCUUCUUUAAUCUUCGACCUCUCUCUUGUGAUUUUGUUCCUCCUGUGCUUAACAGGGAUAACUGACCUUUGGUUCUGAGUGUGUGUGUGUAUUUUGUUCCUCCUGUGAGAUAACUGAGCUUUGGCUGUGAGUGUGUGUGUGUGUGUGUGUGUGUGUGUGUGUGGGUUUGUGUUUCCUGUCCUACUUAACAUUUUCUGUGUACCCCCCCACUGUGCAUCCCUCGUUCUUGCCACCAUGUUGGAGCAAAUGUCUCGCCGCAAGCGUUCCCUCCUCUCCCUGUCCCUCACCUCUCUGGCGCUGACUCUGUCUGUGGCGGCCUUCUGCACGUCUUACUGGUGCGAGGGGACGCACAAGGUGGUCAAGCCCCUCUGCCUGUCGCCGGUGAAGAUGAAGAAUUGUGGGCAGAAUAACAGUGAACCAUACACUACAGAGAGUCCCACUCCUGACCCGCGAGGUCCAUCCAACAUAACACUAUCGCCAGAGAGGAAGGACGAGCUGGCCAGGAUCCGGCAGAGGCAGCUGGCUAACGCUGUGCACUACAUCUGGGAGACGGGGGAGGACAAGUACAUGUUCCGCUACUUCCACACGGGCUUCUGGGAGUCUUGUGAAAAGCACGCUGAUGGUGAGAGGUGCCGCAGCUUUUUUGGUCUGACGCCAGGAGAAACUCAUGGGGUUCUUUGGUUGUCAGUGAUCUCUGAGAUUUUGUACAUCUCACUAUUGGGCAUGGGGUUUCUGUUGAUGUGGCUGGAAGUCCUGUGCUCCCAUAAAGAGAUGGCUGCUCUGAAAAUCAAUGCCUAUGCCGCUAUGUGCACUGUACUGUCUGGCUUGAUGGGAAUGAUGGCCCACAUGAUGUAUACCACGGUGUUCCAGAUGACGGUGAUUGUGGGUCCCAAAGACUGGCGGCCUCAGGAAUGGGAUUAUGGCUGGUCUUUUGCUCUUGCCUGGCUGUCCUUCAGCUGCUGCAUGGGGGCCGCUGUGCUAACCCUCAACUCCUACACCAAGACCAUCAUCGAGCUGAAGCACAGGGCACGACUAAGGCAAGAGGAAGCCCGCGCCGCCAGCCACGCGCCCGCUUACGACGAGGUGGUGACUGGCGGAGCCCUCUACUCCGUGGGGAGCCUGCUGCAGUGCCCCAAUGGCAUGGUGGACACCGUGUGGUCGGUGGAUGGGAGCAUGGGGGUGGUGGGACAGGAGGAUGACGGAGAGGUGCCCACGCUGGUGCUGGUGGGGGGUUGUGGCCCGGACGGCUGCGAAGACUGCGAGAGAGAGAUGGAUGAAAUGGAGGAGGCCAUGGAGAGGGAGGGGACAGACUCGCCUUGUUAGGAAAAAGCACAUGGACACACCUUCAGGAGUAGGACCAAGGAAAAGUCAUUAUUGGUAAAGGGACAAAAGUCCAGAUUGACCCAUCGUCCCCAUAGAGUUGGGGUGAAGUAGUUUGAAACAUCCUGUCCUUAAAGAUUAAAAAAAUGGGAGCAACAGACGGGUGCAAAGACUGCGAGAGAGAGAUGGAUGAGAUGGAGGAGGCCAUGGAGAGGGAGAGGGGACCGGACUUGCCUUGUUAGAAAAAGUACAUGGACACAGCAUUUCAAUUCAUGCGAUGUUAGUAGGUACACCUUGAUUCUCAUCUUGGGAGUAGGACCAAGGAAAAGGUACUAUUGGUAAAGGGAAAAAAGUCGACGUUGACCCAUCGUCCCCAUCGACUUGGGGUGAAGUAGCAUGAAACAUAAUGUCCCUAAAAAGGAAUAAGAGGGAGCAACGUCUGGUCGAUGCUGACUUUUCCCUUCAUGUAUGUGUUUGGAGCAAACACGUGAUUUGCAACAACUAAGAAGGAACAGAUGCUUGAAGGUGCUUGAGGACAUCAUUCAUGUAAAGUGAUUAUAAGCACCAAGUCAUCAAUAUGUACAGAAAGUAUAUGAAUGUAUGUAUGGAUAACUGAUUUCACUGGCAAUAAUAGUACAACAAUGAUACUCACAAUAUCACAUUAUUUUAUGUAUUUAUUAUUAUUAUUAUUAUUAUUAUUAUUAUCAUCAUCAUCAUUAUUAUUAUUAUUACUCAACAAUCUACAGUAUUUGGUUACAUGUGUCUUAGACUCUUUUGUUUGGUUUUCUAUAUUGUACAAUUUCACUGCUGUGUUUUUUUUGCUGUAGUAGUUUGUGAACUGAAGGAAAGAAUGCUAUCUCCUUUGACAUGGUCUGUUCACUCUCACUUCAGCCUCUUUAUCUAACAAGUGGUCUAUAGCGACUUCCUUGGUUCUUGGUGAUCUGCGAGUGGACAAUGGUGUGAACGCAUGUUCAACCUAACAGGAAGAAUAACACAUGGCUUGGUGGAGAUUACUGGAAAAGAGCGUGAGGAAUGAAAACAGGAGAUUUCUUUUUUGUACGUCUGUUCACAGAUGCUGCAGAUUAUAUCUGUAAUCCUGAGCUGGGUGUAGAAUCAAGAGGGGGGAGGACAGUGACAUGAGAAAAUAUGAAGUUAUGAAAUGCUGAGAGGUGGCCCAUACAAAUACAAACACACAAGCGCCGCACACACAUGUACGUUCACGCACACUCACGCACGCACGCAUGCACGCAAAAAAAACACACACACACACACACACUGAUAAUAAGAGGCACAUUGUUUAUCAACACAUACAUACAUAAACACAAACAGUAAUUUAUAUAAAAUAAAUCUUAAUGCUUGUAUGCAGCACUGAUAAUCCACAAAUACAUUUUCCCGUGGCACACAUUACACCUAUGUAUUUUGUAAACAACACAGAAAAAUCA